AUGGAGGACGCUCCUGUAACGCCGUUGCCACGAAUUAAACUAGGGUCCCAGGGCAUGGAGGUUUCGGUGCAGGGCCUUGGCUGCAUGGCCAUGUCAGCCUUCUAUGGCCCUGCCAAGCCCGAGGCCGACAUGGUGGCGCUCAUCCGCCGCGCAGUGGCGGCCGGCGUGACCCUCCUCGACACCUCCGACAGCUACGGGCCGCACACCAACGAAGUCCUGAUCGGAAAGGCGCUGCAAGACGGCGUUAGAGAGAAGGUGGAGGUGGCCACCAAAUUCGGCAUCUCCUUCGCCGCGGACGGCCGGCGGGAGGUCCGCGGGGAUCCGGAGUACGUCCGGGCGGCGUGCGAGGGCAGCCUCAGGAGGCUCGGCGUGGACUGCAUCGAUCUCUACUACCAGCACCGCGUCGACAUGAGCGUGCCCAUCGAGAUCACGAUUGGCGAACUAAAGAAGCUAAUUGCAGAAGGAAAGAUAAAGUAUAUUGGACUAUCGGAGGCAUCUGCAUCCACCAUCAGAAGGGCACAUUCUGUCCAUCCCGUCACUGCAGUUCAGCUAGAGUGGUCACUAUGGUCUAGAGAUGUGGAAGAAGAUAUAAUACCAACUUGCAGAGAGCUCGGAAUCGGAAUUGUGGCUUAUAGCCCACUUGGAAGGGGAUUCUUCACUAGAGGACCAAAACUGGUUGAUUCGCUAUCAGAUCAAGACUCUCGCAAGCAUAUGCCUAGGUUCCAAUAUAAAAAUCUUGAGAAGAAUACCCAGAUAUUUGAGAAUGUAAAUGCAAUGGCAGUGAGAAAAGGAUGCACACCAUCGCAGCUUGCGUUGGCCUGGGUUCAUCACAAAGGAAGUGAUGUUUGCCCCAUACCCGGAACAACGAAAAUUGAGAAUUUUGACAAUAAUAUGGGAGCCCUAUCUUUGAAGCUCACACUAGAGGAAAUGGGUGAACUAGAGUCUUACGCCAAUGUUGGUAAUGUACAGGGUGAUCGAUAUGCUCAAAUGGAGAAUACAUGGAAGGAUUCAAAUACCCCUCCAUUGUCAUCUUGGAAGGCUGAGUAG